GCGAACUACAAUUCCCAGGGGGCAUCGCGCGGAACACCGCCGUUUUCGGCUGAGCUCACUUCCGGCCUCCGGGCUGCUGACUCUCUCUUCCGGUCUUGGUGGCCCCCCGAGAGGCCCGUGGGGUGCGCACGAUGAGGCUGCUGGCGGCCGUGCUGUUGGCUCUGCUUGCGGUCAGUCGGGCGGAGGAAGGAGCCCGGCUGCUGGCCUCCAAAUCGCUGCUGAACAGAUACGCCGUGGAGGGGCGAGACCUGACCUUACAGUACAACAUCUACAAUGUUGGCUCGAGCGCUGCAUUAGAUGUGGAGUUAUCCGACGACUCCUUCCCUCCGGAGGACUUUGGCAUUGUCUCUGGAAUGCUCAAUGUCAAAUGGGACCGGAUUGCCCCCGCUAGCAACGUCUCCCACACGGUGGUCCUGCGUCCUCUCAAGGCCGGCUACUUCAACUUCACCUCGGCAACCGUUACUUACCUGGCCCAGGAGGACGGGCCUGUCGUGGUUGGCUUCACCAGCGCCCCUGGACAGGGGGGCAUCCUGGCUCAGCGGGAGUUUGAUAGAAGAUUCUCCCCCCAUUUUCUGGACUGGGCAGCCUUUGGAGUCAUGACGCUUCCAUCCAUCGGCAUCCCCCUGCUGCUGUGGUACUCCAGCAAGAGGAAAUACGACACUCCCAAGACCAAGAAGAACUGAGCGGGGCGGCCACGACCCUCCCUCCCGGGAGACCCAGGUGCUUUCCGGAUUCCGAAGCGGGUCUCCAAUGCAGCCCCUUCUCCCCUCGCCCCUGCCGCCCUCUCCUGGAUCCUGUCUGCUCUCAAGCAGAGUGAAGGGCGGGGCCUCGCCUCCAUCCUGAAGCCGUGCCGACAGGGACGCCUCCUUUGCCUCCAGCCUCAAAGGCCCUCGGUGCCCACCGUCGAGUCGGGCAGGCGGGCGGGGAGACUCCGAGGGGUCCGGGAGGGACGCUCAGGAGACUGCGUGGUGCUGCCCACCCAGAAGAGGCUGGAAGACGACGUGAAGGCCGAGGGACUCUCGAAGGCAUGCCCGGUCUCUGCUCUGGGUCAGGGAAGCUCUGACCAAAGGGGGUUUUCUAAUAAAAACUGAUGCCACA